AAUUUGUCGGACAAUUCGACUUAUAUGGUACCGUUAACAACACCCGUAAAACCCAUUACUCUCCUUUUUCAUAAGAAAAAAAAAAGAUGAAGGUUGCUUCAAAGUGGAGCAUCAGACAUUCACACUUCAAGAAUCUCAGGGACGUAAGCAGCCGGAGAGAUGAAUAUCGCAACUCCAAAACAUCAACAGAACGAAAUCGCCAUUCCGAUUGUCCCUCCACCAGUGCCACCACCGAAUCUACCUCGAUCAGAUCUACUUGAAGGAAGUAGAGAAGACUACAUCAAUAUUGGUGUUCCACUUUAUGAAGCAUCGAUCAUAGGCAAUUGGAAAGCUGCAAAACCCAUCCUUGACAAACAACCAGAAUUGAUACGUUUUGCUAUCACUGAAAAUUACGAAACACCCCUUCACAUUGCAGCAUCAGCAGAAAGCACCAAAGCCGUGGAAGAAUUUGUGGAAAAUUUAGUGAAUUUGAUGGAAAAGAAUGAUUUGGAGCUACAAAAUAAAAGUUACAAUACUGCCCUUGGUUUAGCAGCUGCAGCAGGAAACGUGAAAAUAGCAAUGAUAAUGGUGAAAAAGAACAGAGCUGUGAUGGAAAUCCCUGGUAGUAAUAGAACAAUGCCACUCUAUGUGGCUGCUUUAUUUGCAAAACCCGAAAUGGUGAGAUAUCUCUAUCAUAAUUCUAAUGGAUUGUCGGGUGAUUAUUGGAGUCAUGAGAAUCGGGGUUGGCUUCUACAAAAAUGUGUUGAAUCUGAUAUCUUUGAUGUCGCCACAAAAAUAGUGAAUGAUCGCCCCGAACUCUAUGCCAAAAAGGGACUACUAACAAAUGUACUCAUUUUUUUGGCUCAAAAGACUCGUGCAUUUAAACAGAGAAAACCACAUAUUUUAGUGAGAAACAUCAAGUCAAUUUUUGCAGUCUUUCAUGUGAAGGUAGGGUUUACAGAAAAGGAAAGUGAAGCCCUGCAAUUAUUAAGAAUACUUUGGAAAAAAAUUGCAAUAAUGCCCAAGAGCGAGAUUGAUGACAUAAUCCGUGGGCCACCUAUGGAAGUUAAAAAUCAGGGAGGUAUAAUGAGAAGCUACCCUUCCCGAGUACUUUUUACUGCUGCGAAAAUGGGCAACAUAAGGUUUAUAAUUGAGCUCAUUCAGUCAUAUCCCGACCUAAUUUGGAAGGUUGAUGACAAAGGGCAAACUAUAUUUCACAUCGCUAUCAAACGUCGUCAAGCAAAGAUCUAUAAUUUGCUAUAUGAGAUUGGCUCAAUGAAAGAUUUAAUUACUCCUAUUAAGGACAAAAAUGGGAAUAACAUGUUGCAUUUAGUUGCCAAGAGUGCUAAGCCGAAACGAUUUCAGAACGUGUCAGGAGUCGCUCUACAAAUGCAACGGGAGUUAUUAUGGUUCAAGGAAGUCGAGCGUAUGAUCCCACCUAAUUACAGACAAAGAAAGAACACUCAGGGGGAGACACCACACGACUUAUUCACCAAAAAACAUGAAACACUCGUUACCAAAGGCGAAGAUUGGAUGAAGAACACCGCUGCUCAGUGUAUGGUGGUGGCAACUCUCAUCGCCACCAUCGUGUUUGCCGCUGCUUUUACCCUCCCCGGCGGUUACAACCAAAACAGCGGCAUUCCUUUUUUCCGACAAAAACCAACACUCAUUAUCUUUGUGAUUGCAGAUGCGGUUUCUUUAAUAUUCUCUUCCACUUCGGUGCUCAUAUUCUUAUCCAUUCUCACGUCUCGUUAUGCUGAACGUGAUUUCUUGGAAUCGUUACCCAAAAAGCUGAUGUUAGGUCUUGCAGCACUUUUUCUUUCGAUCGUGACUAUGAUGAUUGCUUUUGGUGCAAGUUUUUUUGUGCUUUAUAACAAGCAUUUGAAAUGGGUGCCUAUCGUUGUGGCGGGUUUGGCUUCUAUUCCGGUGAUUUUAUUUGCGAUAUUGCAGUUUAGGCUUCUAGGGGAUGUGUAUCAUUCCACGUAUCAGUCUAGAUGGGAUAGAACCGAUGAGACAAGUUAA